GUUUCCUUAACUCCUUGCUCCAUUACAUGGUUCGAACGGAUGAGCAUGUUGGUCAUCUUACUGAAUUGUGUCACCCUGGGAAUGUUCCAACCCUGCGAAGACAAUACUUGUGACUCGGAGCGCUGCAAAAUUCUCCAGGGUUUCGAUGAUUUCAUCUUUGCAUUCUUUGCGGUGGAGAUGAUUGCCAAGAUGGUAGCGUUGGGCAUCUUUGGCCCGAAAUGUUACCUCGGCGACACGUGGAACCGUCUUGACUUUUUCAUUGUUAUUGCCGGCAUGUUAGAGUAUUCACUGGACCUACAGAAUGUCAGUCUAUCAGCUGUCCGUACUGUGAGGGUACUGCGACCACUUCGAGCCAUUAACAGAGUUCCCAGUAUGAGGAUACUGGUGACACUGCUGCUGGACACUUUGCCUAUGUUAGGCAACGUACUUCUCCUCUGUUUCUUUGUCUUCUUUAUUUUUGGCAUUGUCGGGGUCCAGCUGUGGGCAGGAUUGCUGCGAAACAGGUGCUUUCUCGAAGAGAACUUUACAAUACCUGCCUCUCAAGGGCUGGAUCGAUAUUAUCACACAGAAAAUGAUGAUGAGAAUCCCUUCAUAUGUUCCCUCCUGAAGGAUAAUGGAAUGCGCUAUUGUCGCAGUGUGCCCCAAAGAAGAGUGAACAACAUUGAAUGUACCCUCGACGAUACAAGUUACUACCUGUUACUGAGUAACAACACGGACAAUAUCAGCUGUAUAAACUGGAAUCAGUACUAUACCCAGUGCCAACCUGCUGAUCACAACCCAUUCAAAGGAGCCAUCAACUUCGAUAACAUUGGCUACGCGUGGAUAGCAAUAUUUCAGGUUAUAACCUUGGAAGGAUGGGUUGACAUCAUGUAUUUUGUCAUGGAUGCUCAUUCGUUUUACAAUUUCAUCUACUUUAUCCUUCUCAUCAUAGUUGGAUCAUUUUUUAUGAUCAAUUUAUGUCUAGUCGUCAUAGCCACCCAGUUUUCCGAAACCAAGCAGCGUGAAAGCCAGCUGAUGAAAGAGCAGCGGGUUCGCUUCAUGUCCAACGCCAGCACACUGGCCAGUUUCUCUGAGCCAGGGAGCUGCUAUGAUGAACUCCUCAAGUACAUUAGUCACAUGGCACGAAAGGCCAGGCGUGAGGUGGUGCGUGUGUGCCACCUAGCGGUGAGCCAGAGGAGCCACCAAGCCGGCGGCAGGACUGGGCCAGGCCCACAACCCCACAAACGACGGAAACGCAAGCGGGCAUCCUCUGUCCACCACCUGAUCCACCAUCACCAUCACCACCACCACUACCACGUCAGCAACGGGAACCUGCGGGCCCCCCGAGCCGGCCCGGAGAUCAGAGACGCGGAGACUGACCCAGCCCACCACAGCACCGCCAACCGGCUCAUCGUCCUGCCCUCACCCCUGACCAAGCUGCACCCUCUCCCAGCGCCCGCCGCACCCGCCAACACUGAGUCCGUCCACAGCAUCUACCAUGCCAACUGCCACAUCGAGCCGGUGCAGUGCAAGUCCUCCCUCAGGCAGGGGACAGCAGAUGGAGGCCAGAGGACGACCGAUGUCAGGAGUUACCCAACCCUGCAGCCGGGCUCCCAGCACGAGGUGAUCAACCUCAAUGGCAACGGGGAGAAGACCCUCAAGGAUGCAACCAUGAAUCCUGACAACGCAAUGGCAAAUCUCAACAUCCCGCCAGGACCGUAUCGCAAAAUGCAUCGACUCCUAGAAACACAGAGUGCAGGCCAUUGUAAAAGCUCCUGCAAGCUAUCCGGUCAUUGCCUGCCCUAUGGCUCUCCCGGUGGAACAGCCGACAUCCUGAACUGCAACCCGCAGAGCUGCCCCAUUUGCAUCAGGGGCAGUGAAUCCGAGGUGAGGGAGAAUGAGACGCUGGAUUCAGACAGUGAGGGAGUGUACGAGUUCACCCAGGACACCCACUACACUGAUCAGAGAGACCCUCAGCGCAGUCAAUCUCGAGUAACCACGGCAAACAAAUGCUGGACGUUUUGGAAGCCGGUCUGUGACACUUGCCGCAAGAUUGUUGACAGCAAGUAUUUUGGUCGGGGAAUUAUGAUUGCUAUUCUCAUCAAUACGUUGAGCAUGGGGAUUGAAUAUCACGAACAGCCAGAAGAGCUCACAAAUGCCCUGGAGAUCAGUAAUAUUGUCUUCACCAGCCUGUUUGCACUGGAAAUGCUUCUGAAGAUCCUGGUGUAUGGACCAUUCGGCUAUAUCAAGAACCCUUACAACAUUUUCGAUGGCAUCAUUGUCGUCAUCAGUGUGUGGGAAAUUGUCGGACAGCAAGGCGGGGGCCUCUCAGUGCUGCGUACCUUCCGCCUGAUGCGGGUGCUGAAGUUGGUACGGUUCAUGCCAGCCUUGCAGCGCCAACUGGUGGUCCUGAUGAAGACAAUGGACAAUGUUGCCACCUUCUGCAUGCUGCUGAUGCUUUUCAUCUUCAUCUUUAGUAUUUUGGGAAUGCAUCUUUUUGGCUGCAAGUUUGCUUCAGAGAAAGAAGGAGACACGCUUCCUGACCGAAAGAAUUUUGACUCGCUUCUCUGGGCUAUUGUAACAGUCUUCCAGAUAUUGACUCAAGAGGACUGGAACAAGGUCUUGUACAAUGGGAUGGCCUCGACCUCUCCGUGGGCUGCUCUAUACUUCAUCGCCCUCAUGACAUUUGGCAAUUACGUUCUCUUUAACUUGUUAGUUGCCAUUUUGGUGGAAGGAUUUCAGACUGAGGAGGUCCAGAAGCGGGAGGAUGCGAGUGGGCAGUUAAGCUGUAUUCAGCUGCCUGUCGACUCGUCUGGGGGAGAUGUCUCGAAGUCGGACUCAGAGGCUGACUUUUUUUGUCAGAGUCUUGAAGAUGACAGUGGAAGCAAAAAGGACCUUCCAAACACGACCUUGAUGGCAGUGAAUGGCCACGUGGAUGUCAAAACCAGUCUGACUCCACCGCUCAUCAUCCACACCAACGCCACGCCAAUGCCAACCCCAAAGGGAAUGCUUUGUGGAGAUUCUGCACAUUUAUAUGAGUCCCGCAGAGGAAGCAAUGUGUCAAUCGAUCCGAACUUUUAUGAGCAAAAAUCACCAACUAGUGCACGUAGCUCCCCCUAUGCACCCUGGAGCACAGCCAGCAGCUGGAACAGCCGACGCUCGAGCUGGAAUAGCCUCGGCCGAGCUCAGAGCCUGAAGCGCAAACAUCAGACAGGAGAGCGGAAAUCCCUCCUCUCAGGGGACGGCAAGGAGAGCUCUGACGAAGGCGAGGGAUCAGAAGAUGAGAGAUCCAGUCAUGCAGGUAGUGGGAGGGGGCCAGGCACUCAGCGCAUGGAAUCCCUAGAAAUGAGGGGCUCUUUCGACAUUCCUGACACUCUUCAGGUACCUAACCUUCACAGAUCUCCCAGUAUCCAAAGCAGCAGGCUCCCACCAACAGAUCGCCAUGACUGUAAUGGUAAAACUUCCCCAACUUCCUUGUCGCACCAGGUCCACGUGGAUGAACAGAGAACCGAGUUUGAACAGACGGAAGAUGACAUUGAUAUGGGUAAAAGAGCACGUUUGCAGGCAUGGAUUCAGGCCAAGUUGCCACCCUGUUUCAGAGAACGAGAGGGCUGGUCACUUUAUCUGUUCCCUCCACAAUCCAAGAUCCGCCUCAUUUGCAGCAAAAUUAUUUCGCACAAGAUGUUCGACCACAUUGUUCUGGUCAUUAUCUUCCUGAACUGCAUUACUAUUGCCAUGGAGAGACCGAAGAUUGAUCCUAAGAGUGCAGAGCGAAUCUUCUUGAUAUUUUCGAACUAUAUUUUCACAGUGAUCUUCUUGACUGAGAUGGCAGUAAAGUUGGUGGCUAUGGGCCUUUGCUUCGGUCAGCGGACCUAUCUGAAGAGCUCCUGGAAUAUCCUGGAUGGGCUGCUGGUGAUGAUUUCUGUCAUUGAUAUUCUGGUGUCCUUGGUUUCCGACAGCGGGACAAAGAUCCUCGGAAUGCUACGAGUCCUCCGUCUCCUGCGCACCCUUCGGCCACUCCGUGUCAUCAGCCGAGCACCAGGCCUCAAACUCGUUGUCGAAACAUUGAUGUCAUCUCUGAAGCCCAUUGGGAAUAUUGUGGUCAUCUGCUGCGCCUUCUUCAUCAUCUUUGGCAUCCUGGGAGUACAGCUCUUCAAAGGCAAGUUUUACAUCUGUCUUGGAGAAGAUACAAGAAACAUCACCAACAAGUCAGAUUGCUUCCAAGCCAACUAUAAGUGGACCCGUCACAAGUACAACUUCGACAACCUGGGGCAGGCCCUGAUGUCCUUGUUUGUUCUUGCAUCGAAGGAUGGCUGGGUCGACAUUAUGUAUGAUGGUUUGGAUGCAGUGGGAAUAGAUCAACAGCCAAUAAUGAAUUACAACCCCUGGAUGUUGCUGUACUUCAUCUCUUUCCUGCUGAUCGUCGCCUUCUUUGUGCUCAACAUGUUUGUGGGUGUGGUUGUGGAGAACUUCCACAAGUGCCGGAAACACCAGGAGGUGGAGGAGGCCAAGCGGCGGGAGGAGAAGCGCCUCAGACGGAUGGAGAAAAAGAGACGGAAAGCACAGUGUAAACCUUAUUACUCUGACUAUUCCACUGCUCGGCUUAUCAUCCACAAAAUGUGCACAAGCCAUUACUUGGAUUUGUUCAUCACUGUAGUGAUUGGACUGAAUGUAAUCACCAUGGCAAUGGAACAUUAUCGGCAACCAAAGGUCCUGGAUGAGGCUUUGAAGAUCUGUAACUACAUCUUCACCAUUAUCUUUGUCCUGGAGUCUGUAUUCAAACUGGUUGCCUUUGGUUUUCGCCGAUUCUUCAAGGAUAGGUGGAACCAGCUUGACCUAGCUAUUGUCCUGCUGUCUAUUAUGGGGAUCACCCUUGAAGAGAUUGAAGUGAAUGCUUCCCUACCAAUCAACCCUACAAUCAUCAGAAUCAUGAGAGUUCUCCGCAUUGCUAGAGUUCUCAAGCUCUUGAAGAUGGCAGUGGGGAUGAGAGCGUUGCUGAACACUGUGAUCCAGGCUCUACCACAGGUUGGAAAUCUCGGACUGUUGUUCAUGCUGCUAUUUUUCAUAUUUGCAGCUCUUGGAGUUGAACUUUUUGGGGACCUAGAAUGUGACGACUAUCAUCCCUGUGAGGGGUUAGGGCGACAUGCCACAUUCAGAAACUUUGGGAUGGCUUUCCUCACUUUAUUCCGAGUGUCAACCGGAGAUAACUGGAAUGGGAUCAUGAAGGAUACUUUGCGAGACUGUAGCCAAGAGGGCACCUGUUAUAACACAGUGGUGUCCCCAAUCUACUUUGUCUCGUUUGUACUGACAGCUCAGUUUGUGCUGGUGAAUGUAGUCAUCGCAGUGCUGAUGAAACACCUGGAAGAGAGCAACAAAGAGGCGAAGGAGGAAGCCGAACUUGAAGCAGAGCUGGAACUCGAAUUAAAAAUGUUGAAUACUGGACAAGGGAAUGUGGACGGUGUGACAUGGGGAGGUGGUGAAGGUGGAGAUGCAGGUGACAGCCCUGGGAGUCCAUCUGAGUCACUCCAAAUCAAGAUGGAUUCGCCAUUUUCUUUAGAGCCACCAUUGGACAAGCAAUUUUUCGACAACGUGUCUCUGCUGAUCCAAGGUUCACUGGAAGGAGAGUUAACCCUCAUGGACAACCUCUCAGGUUCUGUCUGCCACAAUUACGCCAUCUCCCAGCAAAACAAAUGCUGUGCUGAGAAACAGGCUGAGCAAAUCCAAGAACAGGAGGCAAAGGAAAAGAUCCCAGAGGAGAACCUGCUGACUGUGAGGAAGCCUUUUGUGGGUCGAACACACUCACUGCCCAAUGACAGCUACAUGUUUCAGCCCGUCGACCCCGCUCCCUUGCAGGGUCUACAGAGAUCAGAGAGCAGUCACAGGUUACAAUCAGGUUCCACCACCUCAGUUCAAUCUCAACCCACGGGGGCCACGGGCCACCUCCAGGUUCCCAUUGGGUUGUUCCUUCCUGUCAGCCGUCAGAGCAGUUUUGAUUCUGAAACUAUCCCGAAGAUUCCUCCCCCUCGGAGAUCUGUGAGCGCUCACAGAAUGCUGCGAAGACAGGUUGCUGUAACAAAUGACUCUCUGGAUCCACUAUGUAUGGAGUCCAAGGAAAAUUUGCAGGUACAGACUAACGAACCUUCAUUCUUGAAUGUGUCUGUGCCGCAUGUGUCUGUUGUGCAACCAUCUGUGGUCUUAGUGUCUGCCUCACCAAAUGCACCAACCAAGCAUAGUGUCCACAUUCAACAGCACAGCCGUAACCAGUGCAACAUCACUAACUUUGUGACAACGUCACCACGUCAUGUUCGGAACCCCUUCAGGGAACUUCCUAACUCAGCGGACCAGGAAGUCUCUCAAAUCAUCAGUGGCAGCAAGAGAGCUUCCAAACCUCCUAUGUGCCCUACACUACCCACGAAAAUGUGCAGCAGCACAGGAAACCUCUCCAUGAAAGAUAUCAAAAAGUUCUACAGCGUAGAUACUCAAGGGUUCUUGGCCAAGCCCACAUCGUGGUUGGACGACCCUCGGAGACAUUCAAUUGAGAUCUGCUCGUCCGUUGACACAGCUCCACAGCACCAAUUCUCAUCGGCGUCCUGUUGGGCCAUUGGCCAGGCAGUGACGGAACUGGACAGUCAGAAUACAGCACGGCCGAAGCAGAAAAUGAGCCCCCCUUGCAUUUCUAUAGAGCCACCAGAGGACCACCACACGUCGAUACAGGGCACUCGUGGGCAGGCAUCAUCCAGUGACAUGUGUUUGAGAAGGCGUGCCCCAUCCUGUGACUCAGCCCCUCACAAGGAGUCCGUGGACCUUGUAGACCCACUGCCUCCUGAAAGCACUCCCACCUCUCCUUCUCCCGCGAAGGAUUUGCUGACUCUUUCCAGUUUUUCCUUGGAUCAGACCGAGGAGGACCACUGAACUGAAUUGUUGAAUUGUUUUUUUUGUUGCCAAAAAAAGACAACUUUUUUUCAUCCUUUCCUGACAUUAAUGAAGAAUUCUGCAUUCUGACUGGCACUGGAGGUCAAAUCCCCGCCAAUCGCCCUCUCUACCAUCCAGACAGUAACAAGGGUUACUGCAGUCCUUGCGAUGUUUCCCUGUCUUGCACUCAAGCAGGUGACUGACUGACCAUUCUCCCAGGUAGUUCUGAACAGUGGAGCGUCACUUUUUUAUAAUGUGAAAGGUGUUUCCCCUUUUGAAAUUGGGAGGUAGACUGCCAAGCGGUGGUACUGGAACAUUCCAGGAUUCGCUGUUGUAACUCAGUUUGAUGCAACAAGGGAAGGUCAGUAAAUGCCAGCCUUGCCAGUGAUGUCCACAUCCCCAGAAUUAUUAUUUUUCUAAACAUUGUUAAUUGACAUCCAUUUAUCAGAUUUCAAUUGAGUUGGCCUGGGCAUUUUCCUUACUCUCCGAAAAGGCACAAAGCAAAGAUCCAGCCAUUAAUAUAUUUAGAAGAAAAAAAAAGUAAUAUUUAUAAAUAAAAUGAAUUACAAUAUUUACUCAAUCUGUGUGUUUAACUGAAAUUUUUGGUUGCCUGGCAUCAAAAAAUGGCACUCCACUGUAACCAUGACUGAGGGGUCAUCUCAAUCUUGAAAGUUAGCAUAACCAAGUUGUGACUUUAAUACUGUAGCAGUCAUAUGGGUUACAUCCUGUCGCAGGGUUUUGCUGUUUCUGAUGUGCAUUUCCUCACCUGAUGUCUUUUACAUUUUUAAUUUAUCAAUUUGUUUGCUCCUCAGGACAUUGGUGGAACUACUAACACUCACAUCAGUUAAGUUUGGUGAAUUGGUCCAUUUUCAAUAGCUUUUUUCCGAAACAAAAUUCCAGCCACCCAUGACUUCUGUAGGAUAGUUGCAGAGAAUUCAUUCUGCAAAACUAAUGGAUGCUCAAGCAGUUAAGGGAAGGUGGUUCACUCCCAUUUAUGUCAACUUUGUUGUGCAGUGAGAUAUGUUGUCACGGGAGCCCCUGGAUGGUGCCAUGAUAUUUCCAAAGAUUAAUAACAACUGGAACUUGUGUUAGAUUGAAAGAUUCUGUUAAUCACUGCAAGGUGCCACAACCCAAAACUCUCAUAAGUUUCAAAUGAAUCAGUAAAUUUCCUCAACAGGCAUAUUCUGUACUUUGAGAAAGUUAUCUCCACCUGCCAUACGUCUUUAUAUUUUGCUACCUUCUAUAUCCAAGAUUGCUAUAUCAAACAGAAAUAGAGUGAGGGGAGGUGGAAUGGAAACUAAAUGUGGAGCCCCUAAUCUUUGCCGAUGAUGACCGUGGCUUUUCUUUCAUAAUCAUCAUUAUAUUUCUUUUGGAAAAUAAAAGAUGAUUUCUUGAAUUCAACCUUCAUUAGGCAUGGGAUAGUUCAAUUAUUUUGUAGGAAGAGGCGUCUCCUUCAGGCAACCUUUCCUACAUUUGUCCAGAGAUUAUGAAAUUUUCCAUCACCAAUACCAAACCAGAUUCCUAUUCAUAGCUUUAUGUAAUUAAAAAUGUGGACCAAUGAUUAAUUCCAAAAAGGAAAUCAACAUUUUUGAUGAAGGUUUUUUUUUCACUCACCUGAAGAAAGCAUCCAAUGAUUCCGGUUGUAUUAAUUAGAGAUCUAUAUCGUAGCAGGUGUAUGGUCUCUCAGAGAAAUGUCUUUCUGAGUAAUUCCCCACAGCAAUAUCAUUUACAUUGGCUGUUCCCCGCAGAAAGCUUAAAGAGCUAAUGCCAUCAGAGACAGUCAGGUAAAGGUUUAUUCUAUGUGGUGGGGCCAGAGAAAUGGAGACCUGAAGGCCCUUAUAACACAAGUCACCUCGACUGCACUUUGUGGAACAAGCUGGCAAGGCCCACUUUUUGGGUCAUCUCACCAAAAACAAUACCAAUGUUUUUUGUAGGAAUGUUAACGAAUUCUGAUAUUCCAGAUUGUUCUACUGAUGUCCAAUGUAAGGAGCAGUAUUUUAAGGCGCUCAUUUUUAUCGGGCACAUUCCCAGUCACGGGCUUUCCAGUGCUACACGUGUGCAAGAUCUUUGUUCGAGAGCAUUCUACAUUGUACCCUUGUAGCUCAAUCACAUUGAUUCGGUUAGUUCAAAGCACACCAGCACUUUAACGUUGCAGAUUACUGUGUGCAAGACAGUCUGAGCAUUACAGUGAUCUUGACCAUUGCUAGUUUGUGUGCGUAUGAAUGAGUGAGUGUGUGUAUGUGAAUAAGUGUGGAAAUGUUUGUCAUAAUACUGUAGGUUAUCCAUCUACAGCCAUUGCACAUACUUUAUAGGACCACUCUUGUUAAGAUCUUACCAGCUAGAAAUAAUGUUUAUUUAAAUGUAAGUAUUUGUAACACAUUCUUUGAGCUUGAGUGGAACUCACUCCUGCACAAGGGAAAAAUUGUUGACAAUGUAAAACGUCAAAGGUUUAAAAAUAGCCACUGCUGCAACCUAUUUCUUCCUAUCCAGCUAUCUUCCAUAUAGAUUACA